GGCAAAGGGAUGAAUUCCUACUUCACUAACCCUUCCUUAUCCUGCCACCUCGCCGGGGGCCAGGACGUCCUCCCCAACGUCGCCCUCAAUUCCACCGCCUAUGAUCCAGUGAGGCAUUUCUCGACCUAUGGAGCAGCUGUAGCUCAGAACCGGAUCUACUCGACUCCCUUCUAUUCGCCACAGGAGAAUGUCGUGUUCAGUUCCAGCCGGGGGCCGUAUGACUAUGGAUCUAAUUCCUUUUACCAGGAGAAAGACAUGCUCUCAAACUGCAGACAAAACACCUUAGGACAUAACACACAGACCUCAAUGGCUCAGGAUUUUAGUUCUGAGCAGGGCAGGACUGCGCCCCAGGACCAGAAAGCCAGUAUCCAGAUUUACCCCUGGAUGCAGCGAAUGAAUUCGCACAGUGGGGUCGGUUACGGAGCAGACCGGAGGCGCGGCCGCCAGAUCUACUCCCGGUACCAGACCCUGGAACUGGAGAAGGAAUUUCACUUCAACCGCUACCUAACCCGGCGCCGGCGCAUCGAGAUCGCCAAUGCUCUGUGUCUGACCGAGCGACAGAUCAAAAUCUGGUUCCAGAACCGCCGGAUGAAGUGGAAAAAAGAAUCUAAUCUCACAUCCACGCUUUCGGGGGGCGGCGGAGGGGCAGCCGCCGACAGCCUGGGCGGGAAAGAGGAAAAGCGGGAGGACACAGAAGAGGAGAAGCAGAAAGAGUGACCAGGACCCUGCACCCCUCUCUCCUCCCUUGCUCCUCCUAGCUCCCCGAGUCACAUACUCUGUAUUUAUCACUGGCACAAUUGGUGUGUUGUGACUUCCUAAAAGAAAAUAGGGAGUCAGACGUGGACCUGCAAGUCAGCUCUGGACCCCCUCCCGCACUGCACAACUCUUCACAGGCCUCCUCCUCUAGCUCCCCUCGCUAGCUCCUUCUCGGCUUAUCUACAGGCCCCUUCCCUUGCCCAGGCCUUGGGGGACACUGUCCCUGAACCACGCUUCAGACUCUACUGACGUCCCUCCAAUUGAGCCCUAG